AUGAGCUAUAACAACCAGUAUGACAAUCAGCACAGCAACCCGUAUGCUGGCGGUAACGCCCAGAAUUCAUACGCAAACCAAAAUCAGGGAAAUGGCAACAACUACCAGACCUCGUACGCUUCAAACCCUUACACGCAAGAUGCUUAUGCUCAGAACACAUAUCAGCAACCUCAGCAGGUCCAAGGUAGCCCUUAUGAGAGUUAUGAAAUGAAAGGAGACGCUUCAGAUUUUUUUUCACAGAUCCAAAGUCUUAAGGACGACCUAUCUGACUACAAUGACUUAAUCGAUCGUUUGGAGAGGCUUCAGGUCAAGUCGUUGAAUGCAAUUGGUUCGGAUGAGAUUAAUUCUAUACAGAACCAGAUAGAUAGCACCAGCAGUAACUUGGAGGAUUUACAAGGAAACACCAUCAAGCCGAAAUUACAGCAGUUGUACAAACUAUGCGGCAAAGAUACCGACAAACAGAAGCAGGCAGAAAAUUUGACCCAGCAGUUUAGAACGGCGAUUACUAGAUUAGCCAAGAUCGAGGACGGAUAUAAUCAGUCAAAUAUUGACAAAGCUGUUGAUCAGUAUAAGAUCGUCAAUCCUCAAGCGUCAGAAAACCAGGCCAGGCAGUUUGUCAAUGAUGUGGGUAAUCAGCAAGUGUUUGACAAUGCUAUCGCCAUGUCAAACAGGAAGGGUGAGGCUAUGACAGUUCUUCAAGAGGUUCAGGCUAGACAUCAAGAAGUUGAAAGAACCGAAAAGAUGGCAUCUGAAUUAAAUCGUUUGUUUUCUGAUUUGCAAAAUUUGGUGUUUGAACAGGAUGAACUGUUUGACAAUGCCAAUGAUAAUAUACAGGUGGCCCAGGAUCACUUGGAACGCGGUGAUGCCAACAUCUUGAAAGCUAGAGACCACGCCAAGAAGAGUAGAAAGUGGAAGUGGAUUCUUUUCUGGAUUAUUCUCAUUGUUUGCCUCGCCAUUAUUGGCGGUGUCGUUGGUGGUGUUAUUUCUGCAACCAAGAAGUAA